AUGACGUUCAUCGAACGCGACGGAAACGCCAAGACGGUGGAGGCCCCGGCGGGUCUGUCGGUCCUGGAGAUCGCCCACCGCAACGACAUCGACAUCGAAGGCGCCUGCGAGGGCUCGCUGGCCUGCUCGACCUGCCACGUGAUCGUCGAUGAGGCCUGGAGCGACCGCCUGGAGGAGACCAGCGAGGACGAGGAGGACAUGCUCGACCUCGCCUUCGGGCUGACCCGGACCUCGCGCCUGGGCUGCCAGAUCAUCCUGACCGAGGAGAGCGCCGUGUCGAUCUACGAGGCGCUCAAGGCCGACGCGGCGACGGCCUGGGACGGCUACGUCGCGCAUCCCUUCGUGCGCAGCCUGGCCGACGGCAGCCUGCCCGAGGCCUGCUUUCGCCACUACCUGAAGCAGGACUACCUCUUUCUGCUGAACUACAGCCGCGCCUGGGCGCUGGCGGUGGUGAAGUCGCAGGAGGUGAUCGACCUGCGCCAGGCCGCCGCCUCGGUCGACCUGCUGCUCAACACCGAGCUGGCGCUGCACGUGAAGUACUGUGCGGGUUGGGGGCUGAGCGAGGCCGACCUGGCCGCCGCGCCGGAGGCCGACGCCAACCGGCUCUACACCCGCUUCGUCAUGGAUGCCGGGCUGACCGGCGAUCUGCUCGACCUGCUGGUGGCGCUAAUCCCCUGCAGCCUGGGCUACGCCGAGAUCGGCCGGCGCCUGCUGGCCGACCCGCAGACGCGGCUGGACGGCAAUCCCUACCGCGACUGGAUCGAGCUCUACGGCGGCCAGGAGUUCCAGGACGGCGCGGAGGUCGCGCGCGUUCAGCUCGAGCGGGUGGCCGCGGGGCGCGGCCUGGUCGGCGACCCGCGGGCCAAUCCGCGCUGGCCGCAGGUCCUGCGGCUGUUCGAGACGGCCUGCCGGCUGGAGAUCGGCUUCUGGCAGAUGGGGCUCGACGCGGCGCCGGCCUGA